AUGGCAAUAGAAUUCGGUGAUGCCUUGGAGUAUGUCAAGGCAGUGAAGGAAGUCUUUCUUGAUGAGAGGGAAAACUAUCUAUCUUUUUUAGAUGUACUAGAGGAUUACAGACAUCACAGAAUUGACACUAAGGGUGUUGCAGAUAGAGUAAAGGAGAUAUUGAAAGAUCAUAAUGAUCUUAUUUUGAGAUUUAACAUCUUCUUGCCCUUGGACUAUGAAAUCACACCUCCAGUGGAGUGUGAAUAUUCUCGUAUGGAGGAUGAUGAUCAAAAUGUUAGGAGGCCAACAACAAAGGAAGGCUUAGAAUUUAUUGGGGCAGUAAAGGAAGCCUUUCGUGAAAACAUGGAAAACUAUCAAUGUUUUUUAGAUGUACUCAUGGAUUUCAAACAUAACAGAAGUGACACUAAGGGUGUUGUAGACAAAAUAAAGAAGUUAUUGAAAGAUCAUAUUGAUCUUCUUAUGAGAUUUAACAUUUUCUUGCCAAAGGGAUAUAAAAUUUGUGAAAAUUCUCCUAUGGAGGAUGACCAAGAACCAGCCACAUAUUCUAUGGAGGAGAAUUCUAUGGAGGAGAGGAGUAAGGAGGAUGAACAAGAUUUGAAGAGGAUUUUAUGUGAUUUAACUCAUUUAGUAAUUUAA